UGACGUACCGAAGGAACGUUGUAUGCGGAUUAUACAGUGUUAUCAUGUGCAGUUAUUAUUAGUUGUGUAGUGUUUAAAUUGUUUAGUAAACCAAAUUCCCCCAGAACGCAAGUGAACAAUAUGACACAACGUUUUGACUAAUUUCAUGGCAGAAGUGAAUUUGAAAUGUAUUUAUCAACAAAUAUCGUCGCGUGAAGGACAAAAUGCCGUUCACGGAUCUUCAACCGUCAAACAUUUGACACGACUGGUCUGUCAGACCACGUUGUGGCUAUGAGAGGUUUUGUCGGCGCGCCGUGAAGUCUCAUCAUGGAAGGCGGCGGGUCUACGGCCUCCACUGAGGCCUACCAAUAUGUGGGCCCUUUCAGAUUGGAGAAGACGCUUGGGAAAGGACAAACAGGUCUAGUGAAGUUGGGCGUCCAUUGCGUCACUGGCAAGAAGGUCGCAAUCAAAAUCAUCAACAGGGAGAAACUCAGCGAGUCCGUGCUAAUGAAGGUGGAACGAGAAAUAGCAAUCAUGAAGUUGAUAGAACACCCGCACGUGCUGGGACUGUCGGACGUGUAUGAGAACAAGAAAUAUCUAUAUCUGGUUCUGGAACACGUGAGCGGAGGAGAACUCUUCGACUACCUGGUGAAGAAGGGCCGACUGACCCCGAAGGAAGCUCGGAGAUUCUUCAGACAAAUCAUAUCGGCGCUGGACUUCUGUCAUAGUCAUUCUAUAUGCCACCGGGACCUAAAGCCCGAGAAUCUUCUGCUAGACGAACGGAACAACAUCAAGAUUGCAGACUUCGGGAUGGCCUCGCUGCAACCAGCCGGAUCCUUGCUGGAGACUUCUUGUGGGAGCCCCCACUACGCCUGUCCAGAAGUUAUUAGGGGUGAAAAAUAUGAUGGUCGCCGUGCAGACGUCUGGUCUUGUGGCGUCAUUCUGUAUGCCUUGCUUGUGGGCGCGCUGCCGUUUGAUGAUGAUAACCUGCGUCAAUUAUUGGAAAAGGUGAAGCGAGGCGUGUUUCACGUGCCUCACUUCGUGCCUCCAGACUGCCAGCAGCUGCUACGAGGGAUGAUCGAAGUCAACCCGGAGAAACGGAUGACGCUAGCGGAGAUCACCCGGCACCCGUGGGUGACGGCGGGCGGGCGCGGCGAGCUGGAGCAGGAGCUGCCGAUGAUGGAGGUGGUCCAGACGAGGGUGCUGCCGUCCGCCGAGGCCGUCGACCCGGACGUGCUGCAGGCCAUCUGCAGCUUAGGUUGCUUCAAACAGCGCGACAAACUGAUACAGGAACUUUUGAGUCCACACCACAACACAGAGAAAGUGAUAUACUUCCUGCUGCUCGAGCGCAAGCGGCGCCGGCCCGCGCGCGACGACGAGCCGCGCCCGCCCGCGCCCGCCGCGCCGCCCGACCCGCCGCGCAAGCGCCUCGACACCUGCCGGGUGAACGGUCAGUCAGCGCACUUCGGUCAAAUAAGCGAGGGUUCCCCGAUCACCCCAAGAAGAUCACAGUUCAGGUUUGCCCGCAGCAGGUCUGCGUCCGGUCGUCGCCCCGAGGGCCGGUCGUCGCCGCAGCUACCCGCCAGCCCGCCAACAGGUCACACGCCGCACCGAGUGUCGUCGUUAGGAGGCACGCCCGCCACACCUGGUUCUCCAUUAGCAUCACCAUCGGUUAGAGAGCAUCAUCAUCAGAGAGCUAACUCCACUGGGCCUACCAUCAGCCUCAAUAUAAGUGGUGAACCAGGCGAAGCUGUGAUCAUCAUAAACGAGUCUCCGAUCAUGGGCUCAUCAGUGGCAGUCAGGCCGCACAGUCCAUCGCAGUCACAUAGAGUGAGAGAGAGGUCGUCACUCCCCGGCCCGCCGACAACACAGUCGCCGCCGCAGCCCACUCUGUUCCCUAACUUGGGCACUAUCACAGGCGUCCCGCCCGGCGGCGGGGCUGCGGGCGCGGCGGCGCCGUGGCGUGUUCGACUGGCCACCAUCAAAAACUCCUUCCUCGGAUCGCCACGGUUCCACAGGAGGAAAAUGCAGGCGUCCUCCGAAGAAGUCCACCUCACCCCGGAAUCGUCUCCGGAGCUGACCAAGCGCUCCUGGUUCGGCUCCCUGCUGCUGUCGGCCGACAAGGAGGAGACCUUCACGGCGCUGGUGAAGGGCAAGCCGCUCGCCACCGUCAAGGCGGACCUCAUACACGCCUUCCUGAGCGUGAGUAGUGCUGGGCUAGUGUUGGGCUCGCCAAGUAGUGCGGACUAGUGGUGGGCUCGCGCUGUAGGGUUGGACUAGUGUUG